AAACCUUGCCAAAACUGUUUCAUAUUCUUCUUUCACUUUUGAUCUUUGUUAUAGAUCAAUGGAGGACUCAAUGAUGUCUUCUAUUAACAAAGCAAUUUCUUUAGACGAAGGAAGAACAGAUUCCCCUGAAGAGAGUGGUUGGACUGAAUAUUUUGAAGACUUCAUGAAUGAAAAUAGAGACAACACUUGUUGUUCUGAUGAUUUUAGAACCUCUUCUUUGGUUUCUGAUGCUGCUUCUUGUGCUGCAUGGAAGUUUUCUGAUCAUAAACAAGUUAUUGAGUUCUCUCCAAUGAUGGGUACUGAACAGAAUUGCAAGAAAUUGAAGAUCAAGAAGAAGAGAAGCAGAAAAAUCUUGAAUGAUGAAGAUGAUUUGGAAGACACUGCCAGUUCUCCUUGUAAUAGUCCCACGGUUAGUGAGUUAAGUCAAUUGCAUAUGAACAGAAGAAAGAGAGAUGAUAACUUAGACACUUCUCAGGGGAAGGAAAGUAAGCAGAUUGAUGAGAGAAAUGAAUUGGGUUUCAUUGGUACAGAAAAUUACUGUACAGAACUGAAGAAAAGAGGGCUUUGCUUGGUUCCUAUUUCCAUGCUUACCAACUACCUUGGAUAAUUCCAUCCUCUCUGUCUCUCUCUCUCUUGUGCAUAUCUUGUAUAUCUAUUUUUCAUGUGCAAGAAGCUGCAAGGCUUGGUAUGAAGAAUCUCUCUCUCUCUCUCUCUCUCUCUCUCUCUCUCUCUCUCUCUCUGCAUAUAUUGUAAUCUUUCUUUCAUGUAUGAAAUUAUAUUAAAAAGUUU